AUGCAUGAAAUUCUGCAGAAAGCUUUGUUGAGGACAAUUCAUGAUAUCGAUACAAAAUUUUCACUGGAAGCUUUCAAUAACAGAUAUAUUUCUGGAUCCACGGCCACCAUCGUUCUCUUGGUGGAUGGUCAAAUUUUAGUUGCUAGUGUUGAUGAUUCAAAAGCACUCCUGUGCUCGGAGAAAAUCAAGUCUGCUUUGGGGGAUGAAGGUGCUUCAAUAACAGUGCUUGAUGUGGAAGAACUGACAAGAGGUCAUCAUCCAGAUAGAGAUGAUGAGAGAGCCCGAAUAGAAGCUGCUGGUGGGUUUGUACGUUUGUGGGGUGUGCCUCGUGUCAAUGGUAUCUUAGCUGUAUCCCGAUCUAUUGGUGAUGUGCACUUAAAAAGGUUCUUAUACAGAAGACCAGCCGACUUCAAUGGAACCACAAUGGCUGACAAGUUAUCCAUGCUGCCUUCUUCAAAGGCAGUCUUUACUAUGCAUUCGGCUGAUGGAUAAUCGCAAGAAGGGAAUAGCUUCAACAUUUCAUAACCUUUGGAAUGCCUCACGGUUAGCUUUUCGUAUAUUCCCUCAGAUGAAACCACUAAGUAGCUGUCGUUUCUGGUUAACUUUUAAGA